AAGAAGAAGGAGCAGCGGAAGUCUGGGCGGGGCCUUUAAGUCUUUCGAAGAAGGUGUGCCUGUUUUGUUGCAAAGAAGCAAUUGAACGUAAUACGCGUCAUACGGAGCUGCUCGUGCAAGUAUUUUAUUCUCAGACAUUCAACGUAAGGAAUACGUCGCUUAAACAUGGGCAACUGUCACACGGUCGGACCAAAUGAAGCCCUUGUGGUCUCAGGUGGAUGCUGUGGCUCAGAUCAGAAGACAUACGUGGUUGGUGGCUGGGCCUGGGCGUGGUGGUUUGUCUCAGACACACAGAGGAUUACGCUUGAAAUAAUGACUCUGCAACCAAAGUGUGAGGAUGUAGAGACCGCUGAGGGUGUAGCCAUUACUGUCACUGGGGUGGCACAGGUAAAAGUGAUGACAGAUGGAGAUCUGCUGGCCAUUGCCUGCGAGCAGUUUCUGGGGAAGUCUGUGAUGGAAAUUAAAAGUGUAGUUCUGCAAACACUAGAAGGGCAUUUGCGUUCCAUCUUGGGAACCCUUACUGUGGAGCAGAUCUACCAGGACAGGGAUCAGUUUGCCCAGCUGGUGCGAGAGGUGGCAGCUCCUGAUGUUGGUCGGAUGGGUAUCGAAAUCCUUAGCUUCACCAUCAAGGAUGUCUAUGACAAGGUGGAGUAUCUAAGCUCUCUAGGGAAGACUCAAACAGCAGCAGUGCGAAGGGAUGCUGACAUUGGCGUGGCUGAAGCUGAGAGAGAUGCUGGAAUUAGGGAAGCUGAAUGUAAGAAGGAAAUGAUGGAUGUUAAGUUCCAGGCUGACACCAAAAUGGCUGACUCUAAACGGGAACUGGAAAUGCAGAAAGCUGCUUUUAACCAGGAAGUAAACACAAAGAAAGCCGAGGCUCAGCUGGCCUAUGAACUACAAGCGGCUAAGGAACAACAGAAGAUCCGACUGGAGGAGAUUGAGAUUGAGGUUGUACAGAGGAAGAAGCAGAUAACCAUUGAGGAGAAGGAAAUUGUCAGAACAGACAAAGAGCUAAUUGCCACAGUGAAGAGGCCUGCCGAAGCUGAGGCUUAUAAGAUGCAGCAGUUGGCUGAGGGGCACAAGAUCAAGAAAGUGUUGACUGCCCAGGCGGAGGCAGAGAAGAUCCGGCGAGUAGGGGAGGCUGAGGCUGGCUCCAUCGAGGCUGUAGGGAAAGCAGAGGCUGAGAAGAUGAGGCUGAAGGCACAGGCCUACCAGCAAUAUGGAGAGGCAGCCAAAACAGCUCUCGUCCUCGAGGCUCUGCCAAAGAUUGCUGCCAAGGUCGCUGCCCCACUGGCCAAGACCAAUGAGAUUGUCAUCCUGAGUGGGGAAGGGAGCCGCAUCACUGGGGAGGUGAAUCGUCUCCUGGCAGAGCUGCCUGUGUCUGUGAAUGCCCUUACAGGAGUUGACCUGACUAAGAUACCUUUGCUGCAAAAGAUAACAAGUACUCAAGCAUGAAGAAAGCCGUGCUCUCCUACUUUGGGUCUGCUGUAUGCACGCACACCAACGGCCUUCCAAAGAAAAAGAUGUUUCCAAACCUCUGGUGCCUUAAUCUGGAGAGGACCAGGACACCUGCAUGUAUCAUGUCAACACCGCUUAUAUUACUUUAGAUUUUGUAUUGUUUUUACAAGCCAUGUGAAGUUCUGGAAGCUGUUUUAUAUAGAAAUUGAAGACAAAAAGUCAAACCUCCAGCAGGGUUGAGAAGACAUUGAUGUUUUCCCUGCUGCUGACUCUGACUAAUAAUGUGUACCAGAUCUGCCACCGGAUCCACUUAUUGCAGACUCAGAAAAAUUAAAAAUGAACAAUGUGAGUACGUUUGAACUGUAAAUACUCUGAACUCUUGAGUUUCACACUGCCCUGGAGAAUGGAGUGUACUUUAUAUGUACACAUUUAUUUUUUCUUUUUACAUCUCCAAGACACUAUAGUAGAUUGACUGGCAGUUCUCAUCUAUACAGUAUGUCUAUACUGGAACCAUUUUUAAAUUGUACGUCUCCUUUACAGACUGGAAUUUCCUAUUUCUUGACCUAUUGUAAAAAAAAAAAAAAAAGAAAAACUGUGUA